AUGCAGAAUCAGGAUCAGGAUCAGGACAGCGAUGCCAGGACCACCCACGACAGACGAAUCAUUCAUCAUCAAGGAGUCACCGAUGAAGAAGCAGCUAACAGCGACAGCAACAGGAAGAUGUCACAUGAAGAAAAGUUGACGGGAAAUACUCAGCUGCAAGAACUUGAAGCAGAAGACAGCACAAAACCAACGACAAAAGAUAUCAAUUCUGCAAAUACUUUACCCACCUCACAAACCACCUGGGCAGGCUGCCGUGAGAACUCCCAAAGCAGUGGUCGGGUUUCGUUCUUUCCGAACGACAACAACAAGUCAAAGAUGUCCAAAGAGGGCAACAAGGAGGCCGUGAAUAGUGGUCUUCAACAAAUGGUUGAGGAAAAGGUUCUUUCAACAGAAACUGCUCCAGCCACCGCUAGGCAGGCCCAUUGUGCCACAAAGACAGACAGCCAAGAGGCAGACGACCCAAAACCAGCGACCAAAGAGAGUGACAGUCACCAAGGCCAAAAAGAUGACAAGAACAAACAUGACAACAGCAAGAGUAAUGAUACGAUCAACAUGGAUUCUGCUUCUGCUGCACUUGAAAACCUCGAAGCAAGGUUUAACAACCCUCAACAAAGUGGUCAGCUAAAGUUCCUGCCAAAGGAAAAGCAGUCACACAUCAAAGAAGAUGCAACAGUAAAGAUAGCAGCAGACAGCAACAGAUCAGCGAUGUUAGGCUCCAAAGAAACAAGCCACGACAGCUCUACUUUUGCUGCUCUUUCUUCUGUGGAAGCUCGACUGAACAACCCAGGACUUUCAUUCUUGCCCUCAAAAUCAUCUGGACAUCACCAAAGUGGUAUUGUUCCACCCACAGAACACGGACAAAUUCAUGCAUCAAUUUCAACCAUUGAAGCCAACGUUGGUACUACUGCAGGCCAUCCAUCACUGACACAACAGCACCAGCAGCCACCUCAACCUGGAGCUCCCGGCCUCUACUGUGACAAACCAAGACUCAUUGUUGCCUGA